AGGUAUUAGUUACAUCGUUGUAUCAUUUUCAUAGAAUAUGAUACACAUAUAGGCCUAUCUCAGAGGGUUACAAUAUUUUGUGGCGAAGUUGAAGCGAGAUUGAAACCACAGGACUUGGAAGAUUGGAACAAGUUCUGAAUAAACGGGUUCUGUGUCAUCCAGAUCAGCUACCGAUCAUAUUUCUUGAGACCGAUCUAAGAUGCUGCUCUGUCAUAUCUCUUCCAUCUUGGAUCCAGUUAGCAGUGAACUACAGUGAAAGUUGAUACUGGUCGGCGUUUGCUCUUAGGAUGGAUAAAUGGUUGGGUCAAGUGGCGGUGGUGACUGGGGCCAGCUCGGGCAUUGGGGAGGCCGUCGCUGAGGCAUUGGUGGAGCAUGGAAUGACUGUCGUAGCUCUGGCCAGGCGAGAGGAGAGACUCAAGUCGCUGGAAGCCAGGUUGGAAGGCAAAAAAGGAAAGCUACAUCCUCUGAGAACAGAUAUCACCAACACUGAGGACAUUACAGCUGCUUUAAAAUGGAUUGAGAGCAAUGUGGGCGCUAUUCAUGUUCUUGUCAAUAAUGCUGGCAUUGUUAUCAAGAAAUCUUUCUCAGAGCUGGAAGAUGAGGAUCUAUUGAAAGUGUUCAAUGUGAAUCUUGUUUCUUUGAGCAUCAUGACAGCACGUGUAUUGAAAGUUAUGGAGUCCAAUAAUAUUGAGCUGGGUCAUAUUUUCAAUAUGAGCAGCGUGAACGGACACGUAAGCCAUCCACUGCCAGAAUUUGUGUCCUACUUUGCUUCUAAAAGAGCUGUUAAUGCCGUUUCGGAAGGAAUAAGAUCAGAAAUUGCCGCAUCAGGACUACGGGUCAAAGUGACGAAUCUGAGUCCAGGCGUAGUGUCGACUGAGAUGCUCUCAAAUGUUGGACUGGAUAAGCUUCCUCCCGGAUUUCUUCCGAUGCUUCAGCCAAAGGAUGUUGCCGAUGCUUUGAUUUAUACCUUAUCCACACCACCCAAUGUUGUGGUAUCAGAGCUUAUAAUACAACCGAUGGGAGAGACAAUAUAUCGACCACCUCCGCCAAUGCCCCAAUGAAUGUCAACAAUGACUUCAAUGGCUCCAAUUCAAUAAACUAUUACUCAUUAUCUGAUAGAACUGAAACUUAUGGUUUUUUGGUAACCAUUUAUUGAGAUGUUGUGGAUCCAUUAUUUUUCCACUUAUAUACUAGAAACAUAUAUAUUUUAAGUUACAUUGUAAGUAAAAAUAAAAUUAUACUUUCAUUUAGUAUUUCAUUAAGUAUAAUAUUACUCUGUAUUUAAAAUAAUAUAAAACUAUACAGUGUCAAAUUCAGACUAUUCUUGUGGCCUAUUCAGACUGAUUCACAGAUCUAAACCAGAAGGCUAUAUCACUUCUUAAUAAUAGUGUUCUGCAAUGAAAUUAUCUCCAAUUUCUGUGUGGUUUUAAUAAUAAAAAUUAAUCUUUCAGCAAA